CGAAUCGUCAGUUCGUCAGUGGACUUGAAUGAGUGCGGUUCGUCGUCGGCGACGUCGUUGCGCGUCCGUUUUGUAUCAGUUGUUUAUCCCUUCUCGUGCUUGCUUGCUUGCUCGCUUGCUUUAUUUCUUUUCUCCGACAUCAACGGCAACGGCAGUAACGGUCACAAUAAUGGUACGGUGUGAGAAAAUGCUUCUUACAUAAAUUUAAGUGUUUACGUGUUUGGAUCGCUGCUUGAAUCUAGACUGCAUACUAUACUAUUUGCACAGGAGAUAAAGAGAUACCAUCAUCAUCUUAUCGUGUGUUGUUGGGGCUUGGCUUUGUGAAUUAUUACUAUUGUCAGUACAAAGCACGAAAAAUGUAAUUACGCAACGUCAUCAGAUCAGUGCAGAGCAUAGUGUGAUAGUUGGAUUUGGUGUUUGUGAUGUAAUUGAGGCAAAGUAUCUAAAACAGCAUCUGAAGCGCUCGUCGUAGGUGCAGCAGAUGUGCGUUGUAGUGGUGGUGGUGCAAAACCAGUCCCUUCUGUUGCUGCUGUUGCUGGUAGGAAGAGGAACAACAUUCUUGAAUCGGAGAGAGAUGCGGCGGCUAUAGAAUGACAACAACGAUUGUUAUCCGUCGUUAUGGUGAUUAAUCUAAUAGGUGCCAACCCUCAGGUACGCCCCUGUAAUAUCCCAUCCAGCAGUAUAUCUUACCCAAAACCUAUCGUCACCCGCUAGUUCACACAAGAAAAUGAAACGCGCGGCAAAACUGAAACCGGAAAAAAAUCAACUGGAUUGACAGAAACCAAAAACAUACGCGUCCCAUUUGUUCGACGGAGUGGCGGACUGUUGGGUUGUGGCUGCGCUGAGCUCACGGAGCGAUUUUUGAGAUGUUCAUUAGGCGCAAGAUUUUCUGUGAUGCAUCAUGAUUAAGUAAUGGAAAAGGAAACUACCGCCAGCGAGUCACCCUACGGUACAAGAGGGUUUUCCUCUGAAAGAUCUGCCUCGAUGACUGUUCUAUCGCCUCAAGGAAAAGUGCACCAAAGGCAACAUAAACCGAGAGUGUCUCAGUUGGAGACAUUGGAAGCAAAGAUGGCCAGCAUAGAAGUUUCGUUGAGUACGGCAACGCCACGUCGUCGCAAGGGAACUUCCUUGGGAGGUGGUUCACUAUCAGCCAGAUCAUCACCGCGACCUGAUUCGGCACCUAGUAGGGAACCACACCAUUCGGCACUGCAAGAUCGGGAAACAGUGUUUCAAAACUUACGAGUACAACUGGGCCUAGGGAAGCUUCCGCGCCCCACCGGGCCUGCGUUUGACGAUGCGGAACGUCCUGGAGCAGAGCAAAGACUCGCGAAACUACGCACCGAUGCAGAAAACAAAAAAAUAGCCAUUAGUAAUCUGAAGAGCACUUUGGAGAAGCUUGAUAUUACAGAUAACAUUGAUACGCGGAUAAAACAAGCCGAGCUAGAAUAUGCUUUGGGACGGGAAGAGCUUCAGCUGUUAUCUUUAGUUGAGGAGGCACGAGCUCUACAGGCGCGUUUGGACAAAUCUAGACCGGAAGCAAACUCGCUGUAUGGAAUGCUACAAGCUGGAAUGAACCUUACGCUGCACGCCGUUCAAGCGACACCCGGUCGGUGGAAUGCAAACAUGAAACCAGAUUUUCCUGGAUUUUGGGUAGAUUGGGUGCUUGAGGGUGAGGGAUUGCAUCGUGGAGAUCGUCUAAUCGAAAUAAAUGGAAAAAUGGUACUUGGAAAAACGCGCGAAGAGCUACAGCACCUUAUUAACACUUCAUGCAAGUGUGAAAUAGUUGUUUUAAGAAGAAAGACUUUACCCUCAUCACAACAGCAGCUUCAGCAAUCUCAAGCCAACAAUGUACUACUGCAACAUCGCAUAUCAUAUCUCGAGGAUCAAGUGAAGGAGCUGUUGGCAGCCCGAGAACAAAACUCCGAUAGUGGCAGCUCACAGACCAGCGUCGUCAACGGCGGAGGUGGCGCUCAUGUAACUAGUAUUAGCAUAAGUUCGCCUCCAUCAACUCCACCCGAAACUAAGCCACAAACUUAUCAGCGUGGCUCGUACGUGACCACCAUUAUUGAUGGCAAGCCAAAAAAGAUCCUACCGCAUACGAACGAUGGUGCAAAAUCUCACCAUGGUCACGUUACGACGACCACUAUCAUCAAAGAGUGUGAUAAAAUAAAUGGUGAGUUGACGAGCGGCAAUGUGCUGAAGCACAACCUCAGGAAUUCUAUGUCAUCCUCGAAAAUUUCCAUCAACACAGACACAAGUAACAGUACAAUCCAAUAUUAUCAGAAAAAGGAGCGAGACAAACGUGAGCGCGAAGCCCGCCGGUUAGAACGCGAAAGAUACAUGCAACAGUUCGGCUCAAAACUCCAAAGAAGUACCAACGAUCUGGACAGCGACACCGAACGUCGCCGGCUCCACUACCAUCGAGGGCACGCACGAAGCGUAGAAUAUCUAAACGGAUCGCUAGACAAGCGCAAAUUGGCUCUUGUCUCCGUUCCAUCCAGUAGCUCCCGGCGAGACAUGAGAAGUGUCAAGAGUUUAGACUUUGAAAGUGAUAACAAUGAACAGUACGCUUCAGAACCCUCUGGACCAACGAAAACAAGACCAGCUCCACCAAAGAAACCGCUACGACUCUCAUUGCAGCGUACCCAAAGCCUGCAAACCGUUGAGGGAAUAUUGAUAGACGUUGUUGGCAAUGACAAAAAGCGCGCCAUGAAACGUUCCCACCGAAGUGGACCGAAGAGUUCCGAAAGGGCAACGCAUUACAUUGAAAACCAUGUUCCUCUGCAGACUGCGUCUCUAGGGCGGCAAAAGUAUAUUUAAGUUAAGCCUCGACAGGGAUACUUUUGUGAAUCUUGGGAGAAAAAGUACUAUGGAUAUUCUGUAUAAUUUUGAUUGGUGUAACAUAAUUUUGUUGAAAAAUGAUUUAUACAUACAUAGGCAAUCAUUUCUGAUACAUGUGCAUUAUUGUGUGUUUUAAAAUAAAUAUGAGCUAGUAUUUUUUUAUAUGUCCAAUAUUUUGUAAUAAAUUAUAAACAACUAUGAAAUCUUGCAUUGCAA